UCUCCACUCUCCAGUGUCAGCCCAAGGCCAACUCUCUCUCUCUCCCUCUCUCCAUCAUCUUUUUCAUUAAAAGAGAAAGAGAUAAAAAGAAGGAAGAAUGAGGCCGGGAGCCGAGAUGAACGCGAACGGAGGAGCGGAGAUGGCAGCACCGCCGCCGGGGCCUCACUCGGCAUGGCACUCGCCGGUGCCGUACCUCUUUGGGGGGUUGGCGGCGAUGCUGGGUCUCAUCGCCUUCGCCCUCCUCAUCCUUGCCUGCUCUUACUGGAAGCUCUCUGGCUACCUCGAGAGCGGUGAUGGCGAUGUUGAGAACCCGGGCGGUGACGGGAAGCCCAGCGCCAACCCCGCCGCCAAGCCGCCGGAAAGCUUCGAGCCGCGGAUUGUGGUCAUCAUGGCCGGCGACGAGAAGCCCACCUUCCUCGCCACACCCAUUUCCAGCCGCGCCGCCGCCUCCGCCAACGGAGCUGUUGACACCGCCAGGAGCGAGAGCGUUGCUGACGUGAAGAAGCCGGAAAGCACGGUAACCGCACGGGGCAGUGAGCCGACACGGAACCACAGGGUUGAUGGCGAGCGCAACCACCCAGGCGAAGGCCAGAACCAAGAGCAGUGAAAUUUUUCUCUUUUUUUUUCACUUUUUUCUUUCUUUUUGGUUGGAGAGGAUUUGGAGUUAAAAAAAAAAAAAAAAAAACAAAAGAAGAAGCAAGAGGAAACUGUUUAAGUAGGGAUUGUAAAUUUUUGAGUUAGCUGGGAAAGGAGAAAGAUUAAUUCUCUCAA